GUCUGGAGGUACUGUUGUAAAAUGGCGCCCAGCGAAAUAUAAGUAGUCAAGAAAAAGAAAACAAUUUUGCCUCCAGCUAUAAAGGAAAUUGUAAAAAGAGGGAACCUAAUCUACAAGGACAGACAACAUUAAACAUUUUCUUGCUUGACGAAAAGAGAGUUGGCGGCCCCAGAUUCAGCACCGUUGAGGAGGAAGAGAGGUAGCUAAUGCUAUCGAGCCUGCAACCCUUUCCCUGCUAGCGGCGCAGCUAACACAAAACACACUUCUCUUUUAAAGAAGUGUUGGCAGCAAUGAAUAAUUCCCUGGAUGGCUCAAGCUCCUAUGAGGAGCUCGUGCGGCAGAAAGCUCGGAGUAUCCCCCAGCAUCGUAUGAAGGAGUUCCUAGAGUCCUUGGCCAGUAAGGGUCCAGAUGCACUGCAGGAGUUUAGCCAGCAAAGUGGAGAUGUUACAACCACCACUACGACGAUGGUGUACCAGCAAGAGGCGAAUUGCAUCUACACAGACAGCACUGAAGUGGCAGGGUCGCUUCUGGAACUAGCUUGUCCGGUAAGUCUGAUGGCUACGGCACAUAUUUUAACCUCAUGGGUGGGGGGUGCUUAUGCUUUCAGAUCUGAGCUCUCUGUUUUUGUACAGGUUCAGGUCCAAGUUCAGCCACAGCAGAUCCAAGAGUCAACAACUCAGCAGAAUGCAGAGCAUCAGAUUGUACAGGUGCAGAUUCAGGGUCAGCAACCAGGGCAGAUGCUGGGUCAGGUCCUCCAAGUUCCCUCUGGCUCCCAUCAGCAGCUUCAAGGUGUGACGACAGCACAGCUGAUUCAGCAAGGAGAUCUCACUGAGGAGCAGCACCAACAGCUCCAAGCCCAGUUGGUGGCAGCUGUUGCAGGGGGACAACAGAUCCAAAUUCAAACAGUGGGGGCCCUUUCCCCCACUCAGCAACAAGACAAUGUUGAGAGGAGGGCUCUGGGCACCACAUCCCAAGGCGGAAGUGUCCUCCAGCCUGCCAAGAAACGAAAGGUGGACAUGCCCAUUACUGUAUCUUAUGCCCUACCUGGUCAGCAGGUGGCGACAGUCCUAGCUAUCCCACAAGGACAGGGACAACAGCAGAGUUAUGUCUCCCUGCGGCCAGACCUCCUAACAGUGGACAGUUCUCACCUUUAUAGUGCUACAGGCACUAUCACUAGUCCCACAGGGGAGACCUGGACCAUUCCUGUAUAUUCUGCUCCUGCGGGGCCCGGAGGUCGGGAGCAGGUCACACACAUUGCCAUCCCCCAGGAAGCCUAUGGAACUGUGCAGGUCGCCGGGGCCAAUACUACAACCAUGAACACAAUGCCAACACAAGUCACUGUUGAAAAUGACAAGUUGAAAAACUCUUCUAGUCAAAGUCAGACAGCUCAGGCGGUUUCCAGCAUAACAAGCGCCGGAGGAUUGGGUGGGCAAGAAGAAGUGGUGCACACAUUGGCUGCCAACACACUCUUCCCUGCUCAACUGAUGAAUGGAAAUAUCCACAUCCCAGUCGCAGUACAGGGCUACUCCAACACUACGCAGUCACUCAUCUGGGACCCACAGCAGCAGGUGCUUCAUGCACAGGGACUAAGUGGGCAGGAUGGACAGCAGAUACAGGCUCAGACAGUGGUUGCAGAGGUAGAUGGCCAGCAGCAAGUGCAAGUUCAGGAACUUUUGCUUCCCACCACCCUGAAACCAGAGGAGGGGCUGGAAAUGUGGUGUGCCUGGGCUCAGCGCAAAAACGGAGAAUUGGACAAAUCUGAUAAAACCACACUGGCUCCAAUUGGCCGACGCCAGGCGCUGCGUUUCCAGGAAGAUUUGGUGUCGUGUGCUGUAGCUGAGCUCUGCAUGGGUCUUUCUCUCAUGACCACAGAGGCCCGUGGCCUUGAAGGAGAGCCCUAUGAAGCUGACGUACUUUACUAUGUAUUUCUGUGCAUACAAAAGUAUCUGUUUGAUAAUGGUCGCGUGGAUGACAUCUUUUCAGACCAGUACUACACUCGCUUUGCUCAAAGUUUGCACCAGAUUCUCCAACCCUGGACGCCGUCUGUUCAUCCACUUGGCUAUAUAAUCUCCAGUCAUGUGACGGAGGAGAUGCUGUGGGAAUGUAAACAACUUGGGGCUCAUUCCCCAUCAACUUUGCUUACAACUCUGAUGUUCUUCAACACUAAGUAUUUUCAUCUGAAGACAAUUGAUCAGCAUCUAAAGGUUGCCUUUUCGAAAGUGCUAAGACACACCAGGAAGAGUCCCAAUAAUCCCAAAGACAAGAGCACCAGCAUCCGGUACCUGAAAACAACAGAAAGGUUCAUAGGACAGAAAGGUAAGAGACACCUACCUGGAUUAGUUAAAUGUGCUCACCAAGCCUCGUUUUUAAAGACUAGUAACAAUGUUGCUGUUUGUUUAGUCACAGAUGAUAUGUACUCAGAGCAGCUGGAAGAUCCGGAAAAUCCUCUGCGAUGCCCCAUCAAGCUGUAUGAUUUCUACCUCUUCAAAUGUCCACAGAGCGCCAAAGGACGUAACGACACCUUCUACCUGACUCCGGAGUCCGUUGUGGCUCCAAACAGCCCCAUUUGGUACUCAACUCAGCCUAUCCCAAAAGAGGAGUUGGAGCAGAUGCUGACCCGCAUCCUCGUUAUCCGUGAAAUCCAGGAAACCAUCAACAUGUCGGAGACUGUACACUAAUUGGAUCGAAGGAGAAGGCCACAUGAACUAGACGGCUCCUUUUUCUUCACCCAGCCUUUGGUUGCUCAUUUAUAGUCGUUUUCUAUUCCCUCACAUUCUCUCACUGGCAUGUAUAUGUGCAUAUUCAUUAUGUCUGCAUACACACUAUCUUGUACAUGAGAAAUGAACAUACAAUAAGUAGAAGCAAUUAUUUCUCUUAUUCAAAGGAAUUCUUAAACUACUCUGGUGUUUUCUUCCUUUUUGUUUGGCCAAAGGAUGAUUGGACCUGAUCUCUCAGUUAUAAUUUUGUUUAUUUUAACUGUGGGUCUUUUUAUUACUCUCUAUCAAUUGUUUAGAUGCUCUCCAGAAACAAAACUGUAAUAUAUUUGCUGCUUUUCGUGGACUUCUUUCCAUCUAUCUUUGUUCCUGCGUCUCGCAAUGAAUACAUUGGCGGUAUUAA